CACCCCUUGGGCCUGGAUAAAGCAGGAAUGCAUAGAGUAAGGAAGAUAUGGUACUUCACUGCGGACGCAAUAAACGGAAAUUCAAUUGCAAUAUGAACUUUAAUGUCUUAAAGCCAUCCGCAGCGGACGGACACCAGAGCAACGAGUGCAAAGAGGUGAGACUCGGCGGUGCAAAUCAACACUCAACUCCCUCACGCUCAGCUCCGGUCGACGGGGAGCCCCGGAGUUUCUGCAAAUGAACGAUCUGUCAGGAGGCUGUUUGUAUCCUCUCUCCCGGUCCUUUAUUUAACACUCUCACGGUUAAAAAAAAAAAAAAAUGGCGGGGGGAGCUUUUUAAUUAGCUGUGGACUCUUCUGUUUUAAUCAACUCGCACAAAGAGUCCAGCUGUGACAGCCUUGACAGGCGAGGACUGCUGACGUUCCAACUAGUGACUUUCCUCGCGGAAGGGGGGAGAGGCGAGAAUAAUCGGUGAAUUCUGAUCGUGACAGGAAGUACGAUAUCAGCCAAGUACAAGAUAAAUGGCCGUGACGACAGAGCUGCCGAGGAAAAAUCCUUGCAGUGGUGCAUGAAGAUGUAACAGAGAAGCUCAAGAUUGUCAUCAAUGGGUACGACUUCAAGAUAAAUGGCCGUGACGACAGAGCUGCCGAGGAAAAAUCCUUGCAGUGGUGCAUGAAGAUGUAACAGAGAAGGACAAGCUACAGCAACUCAAGGCCCAAGGCUUGUUUUAAAGUUCUAACAGCUGUCAGCGGAAUCCAAGCGGCAAAAUGGAGAACGUGACAGCAAGGACGACCAAGGAGAUCAACCUGACAUGCGGCAUGUCCGGAAAUCACAAUAUCAUCUUCACCUUGGUGCCCAUUGUGUACAGUUGCAAUUUCGUCAUCGGCAUGGUGGGCAACUGCAUGGUGGUGGCCGUCAUCUACUGCUACAUGAGGCUCAAGACGGUCGCCAACAUCUUCGUGCUCAACCUGGCCGUUUCCGACCUGACUUUCCUCAUCACGUUGCCCAUGUGGGCCACAUUCACCGCCACAGGCUACCACUGGCCGUUCGGUGGGUUUCUGUGCAAGACCAGCGCCGGGCUGGCCAUGUUGAACUUGUACACCAGCACCUUCUUCCUCACGGCACUCAGCAUCGACCGCUACCUGGCCAUCGUGCACCCGGUGCGCUCACGACGCUUCCGCACGGUGGCCUACGCCCGCAUCACCUUCGUGGUGGUGUGGCUGGUGGCCUUGGUCCUCAGCGUGCCCACAGCCUUGACACGGGACGUGCUCAACGUGGCCAACACCAACAACACAUUGUGCGGCGUCCUGCACCCAACCUCGGAGAACCGCGAGAGGCUCAAGGGUCUCCUCCUGGCCAUCAGCCUCAUGAAGAGCCUGAUGGGCUUCCUGGUGCCCUUCGUCAUCAUCAUCACCUGUUACUGCCUGAUCGGGCGGGCGCUGGUUGGCGCCAGGCAUAUCCAGAAGAGCUCGAGGUCUCGCGACGACGAGGUUCUGCGGAUGCUGGCCGCCGCUGUCCUGGCGUUCUUCCUGUGUUGGAUGCCGCACCAGGUCUUCCACUUGCUGCAGGUUCUCACCCAACUCAUGAAGAUGGAAAACUGCACCUUGGUUGAAAUCAUCGACACGGCCAUGCCCUUCACCAUCUGCCUGGCUUAUCUCAACAGCUGCGUCAACCCGAUCGUCUACGGGUUUGUGGGACGCAACUUCCGCAAGAACUGCAAGCGGCUGCUGCGCUGCUCGCCGUCCAGACCCACUGGGGGACACCCCAGCAUCAGCUCCAAGAUGAGCGCCUUGUCCUUUCGGGCCUCCGAGGCUCUGAGCCUGACUGCCCUGAAAAGCAAGGCUUCGUCCGAUGGGAAGUAACAGGGGCGGGGGAGAGGGGAUUACAGAGGCCGAAGAAGAAGACAUUCCACGGUUGGAAAUGCUGAAGCAUGCUGGUCUGUCUUGAUGUCCUGUAGCAUGCUGGUCCAUCAGUUACAAAGAAAAAAGCAUUUUCCCUCCCUUGUGAUCUAAGUUAGAAAGCCCAAAAUAGUUACCUAAAAACAAAAUGGUGGACUUCGUGUCUAAUUUCUUGCAUGGGUUUUUUUAUUUGCAUGCAGCAUUUGAAGUGGGGGCCAUAAGGACACGGUGUCGUCAUGCUUAGAGGUCAUCAAAUGUUUCGUGUGUGCAGUCAGAAGUUAAAAAAAUAAAAUAAUUUGUCAAGCGACAAAUGUGGCGUCAAUGUACUGUACGACAAAAAUAUUGAGGACGCUUUUUGGUGGUUGUACUGUCCAAUGUGCUCCUCGUGGCGAUGUCCAAAAUAUAGUUGGUUGUAACAAUGUAAAAAAAAAAGUAGUAAGGGUCUGUGGUAUUUAAAUAUGUCGAUAUAUUGUUUUUUACCUUCUAUGUGUACAGUUGUGAAUAUGUGAGAAUAUAAAUAAAAAUAUAACAUAAAAAUGGA